AUGCCCAACCUCGCAUCUUCUGAUGAGACUUGGCGAACUUCGGACGAGUCUCCAUCGCCUCCAGCUAAACGACAGCGCCUAAGUUCUACGGCUGAUACUUCGCUUGCAGACAGCAUGAGUGGAGAGGAUACCAUGGAGUCCGCCGACCUCUUGAACAACGGCAAUGCACUCGCGAUCCGAUCGGCACCCGACCAACUCAAUGAAGCUGCUCAGAAUGCUAAUGCAAUCGCACAAUCGGCUCAAGAGAGCUCUGAUCCCGCCUCGAGUGCACAAGACACAACAGAAUCAUCUACCACGAACGAUCAUGAUGAAUCGGUUGUAGCACCAACAGAGUGGCUCGAAGGGAUUGAUCCGGCUGCAGCACCGAAUGAUCCCUCAACCGAGAACGGUGCAGCUGCUACAGAUGACACUGAAAGUGCUGACGAGGAAGCCACUGUUCAAGAUGACGUCGUUGCUGUUCAGGAAGAGGUGAACAACGCCGCGGCGGCUGCUGAUCGUGCCAGCGCAGACAAUGCGAUCGACGAACAAACACAAUUUCUUCACCGACUCUCGCGCGAAGACCCGGACGAGUUCAGACGCCUUGUGGACUCAGGUAUCAUAGACGACGAAUUCCUGGACCGCCUUGACGAGCUCAACGCUCAAGAUGCCGUCGCUGCUCCCAAUGCUGAUGCUCAGAACAACAAUGCGGGCAACGCUGGCACAAAUACUGAAAGCCUGGACAAUGAUCUUGAGGAAGGUGAAAUCGAGGAUGCAGAUGCUGGUCGGGUCAACAACGCCAACAACCAAGCUGGACCCACCGUCGCAGGUACUGCAGGCAAUCACGGCAUCAUUGCUGGACCCGCUCCCGCUCAACCUGGCGCAGGCAACGGCACCGGCGACCGAGGUCAUUUCGCUUGGCUACUCGAUCGCCGCGACGCUCGAGAAGCGAAUGAAGCUUGCCCUGCCUGCACUGUUGAGUUCGAUCCCGAUGAGCCCACAGUCUUCCUGAAUUGCGGCGACCGUUGGUGCGUGGACUGCCUCAACGACAACUACCGCGCUGCUCUCAAGAACCGAAAAGACUUUCCUCCUCAAUGCUGCGACAUCCCCCUAGACCAUGAAUCCAUCCAAGACUUCCUCGACGAAGGCGUUCUCAUUGAACUCGCCACCAAGAUCGAUGAGUACAAGGACGCCGAUCCAGUCUAUUGUCAGACUCCUAAGUGCACCGGUGGCUACAUUCCCAAGUCCCGUAUCAAGGGUCAAUGGGCUGGCUGCCAGGUCUGCAGUCAAUCAACAUGCGUCGAGUGCAAGGGCCCUGCCUCCGAGCACCUUGCCCCUCAGAUCCAUCCGAAGCCGCUCACUAAGCUCGAUCAAGAACUCGCGGCGAAAGAAGGAUGGAAGGUGUGCCCUGGCUGCGGGAAUAUGGUCGAACGUAGCGAAGGCUGCAACUUCAUGACGUGCGAGUGCGGUCAUAACUUCUGCUACCAGUGCGGCGGAAGUCUACAAAACAAUAUGCCUUGUCUGUGCCAGGGUACUCCCCAGUGGGUGCAGCAGAUGAACGCUGAAGCUGCAGGUGGUGCGGAAAGCGACGAUGAGGAUGAGGAAGACGACGACGAGGAGGGAGAGGGAAGGGAUGAGGGUGCUGGUGGUCAUGGACAGGGAGUGGAUGCGAACACUGGUGAGGAUGGUGGUGGAGAGACUGAAGUACCUGACGCCAAUCCAGGCGAAGGAGGUCAGCAUGACGCCACCGACGGGGACGACGAUGGUCAUGAUGACUGGUAG